CGACCAAACACCAAACUAAAUAUUUGUAUUCUUUUCAUUUAUUAGCAUGUAAACUGAUGAAAUUUACUAAAAAUAUUUAAAAUAUGGACACCAUUCAAACUUUAUACGGCAAGUGUCGUUGCUGUUUAAAGGCGGGCGAGCAUUGCGACGUACUCAAAGAAUAUUACUGUGACGGAACUCGCGAAGUCUAUUUCGAUAUAUUCUUGGAGUGUUUCAAUGUUUUUCUUACAACAUCAGAUAAGAGCAGUAACCUGAUUUGUGUGGAUUGUAUCCAGAAAUUGCGGGAUGCUAAUGACUUCCGCAAAAUGGUGAUAAAUGCAGAGAAACAACUAGAGUCUGUAAAAGAUCUUCCAGACUUUGACGUAAAACAAGAAGAGGGUUUAGAAGUAAAGCUCGAACCUGAUGAUGAUCAUGGCUACAUGGACACAGAGAAUAAGGAUUUUGGUCCCGAAAAUGAUGAUGAAACGCUAGCACGCGACGAAGCUCGCCUGCUGGCUCGCUUUCCAACCCUGCGCGCCCUGCCCACCCGGAACACCCUGUACGAAGUAUGCCCUAAAUACGUCAUGCAUCUCGACAUGUUACAGGGAAAGAAAACUCGCUCAAAAGAUAUCGAAGCCCUACUUAACCUGGAAACUGAAUUGGAAAGCAAACAGAAAAGCGACCAUCGCUACAUCACCGAGAAGGUCGCUCACAUCCACAACGCACAGCUGAUUUUGGAGCACUCCAAUGUUACUGCUUUCAAGGGUAAAAGUAGAGUUGGACUUCCCUGUUUCUACUGCAAAGACAUCUUCAACAACAUUGAAGAAUUACGAACACACCAAAAAGAACAUAAGAAAAGUGACAUGAAGAAAUCCUUGCAUUCCCUCAGCCCAUACUGUCUUGUUAUAAAUGUAGACAUAACAGACUUAAAGUGUACUUCAUGUGAUGCUAGCUUAAAUACCUUGAAAGACUUUAAAAGUCAUCUAGAAUCAAAACAUAACAAAAAGUUUUACACUGAGUAUGAAGACAGAGUAAUACCAUUCAAAGUACCUAUGGAUAAUAAUUAUAUUUGCCAAAUAUGUGGUUUGAAGUUUGAAACUUUUGGAUCGAUUGAAAGACAUAUGAACGGACAUUUUAGAAAUUAUAUUUGUGAUGAGUGCGGGACGGGAUUUGUAACUAGCUAUAGGUUAAAAAUGCACGUUAAAACUAUGCAUGUUGAAGGUACAUUUCAAUGUGAAACUUGUAAGAAGGUGUUUUCAUCACAUCAAAAGCAUAAAAGUCAUGUAGACACUGUGCACAAAAUGGUAAAGCGCUUUAAAUGUACAAAAUGUUCGGAGCGGUUCACAGAUUAUUUUAAGCGACAUCAACAUUUAGUUAAAAUACAUGGUCAAGCCGAAUUAGAAUAUAAAUGUAAUGUAUGUGAUAAAGUAUAUGCAAGAAGAUAUAUGCUAUCUCGACAUAUGAAACGAGAUCAUUUGGAAGAGCGUUAUUUUCAGUGUGAGAUAUGUUUUAAUAAAUUUUUCGCUCGGCGAGAUUUGGAAUCGCAUAUGGUUAAGCAUAACGGGGCUAGGAUUUUUGAAUGUACGGUGUGUAAAAAGGCAUAUGCGCGGAAGAAAACGUUGACUGAACAUAUGAGAAUACAUAAUAAUGAUAGGAGGUUUUCUUGUACAGUUUGUGGUCAGGCUUUUGUACAGAAUUGCAGUUUGAAGGGGCAUAUGAAGACGCAUCAUCCUGAGUAUGUAAGCUUUGGAGAAAAAUGAAUUUUGGAGAAAAUUGUUGUUAUUCUGUAUUGGAUAUAUUUAUUUAUACGCUAAAACGGCAUUUUAUAUCAAUGUUAUAUUAAAUUUUUAUCACAAACAA